AUGGCUGUCAAUCGAGAACGGCAAAACCUGCCUCUGCCAGAAACAAACAUUGACGGACAAACUACACUCCUCUCCCUCCCACCAGAAGUCCAGCACCUGAUAGCCUCCGAGCUACCAUAUCCAGACCUCCUAUCCCUCAAGAUCAGCCACCCGUACUUCGGUGCGCUGCUCGACGCCCAGCCAAGUGUGCACCAACGCAUCGCAUGGGUACUGUCUCGAUGCAACAUCUACCUCCCAAUCCCACACGACAGCAAGACCGAUUUCCGGACUGAUGUGCAAUUCUUGCGAAACCCAGAAGUCACGAGGAUCAUUCGGCGGCGGCGCAAGCAUCUCGAAUGCGUGGAAUGCAAGUUAGCCCGGCAGAUCGUGUGGCUGAAGUCGACGUCCACGGACGACGAGCGGCGGAGGCGCCUGUGCUUCGUCAACGAGGGGUACGAGUGUCCACGGGUCAGGGAGCUGGAUGAGAAGAAGAUGUCAGAUGAGAAGAAGAUCGGGCGUAGGUUGUUGAAACUUGUCGGCUGGCCGAACGCGUAUUGGGAGUCUGGCUCGUCCUACUGGGAGCAUCGAGGUCUUGGGCCGCCGGCCUGGUUUAUCCGUUUGACUUGGUGGUUUGCGCCGGUCGAUGCUCCUCCAAUUGGGAUUCAUGUUCCUACGCUCAUUAUGAACCUCAUCAUUUUGAUUCUGUUGGUGGCGGGGAUGAUCGGCUGGCAAGCUGGCUGCUUGACGCUCAGCGGAUUACUGGAGUCAGUUUCACGUUCUUCAUGGCAAUGGCUUGACGCAAUGUGGAAGGACUGGCUGCGAGAGCUCCACCUUCCUGUAUGA